AUGGAGCAAGAAGGAGAAGUUAGAGAUGGUGGAGAAGGAAGACAAGAGAGUAAACAACCUCUUCCUCUACCACAACAACCACUGCAGCACCAGAAAUGCCCACGCUGCAAUUCUCAGAACACCAAGUUCUGCUAUUACAACAAUUAUAACUUGUCUCAGCCUCGAUACUUUUGCAAAACAUGUAGAAGGUACUGGACACAAGGUGGAACCUUUAGGAACAUACCAGUUGGUGGUGGUUCCCGUAAGGACAAGCGUGGCAAAAAUUCUUCAUCUUCCACGUCACAGCCGCAACUGGUCCAAAACAAACCAUCUCCACCCAUAGUGGUUCAGUCAACUAGCUCCUGUUAUCAACGUAGUGAUGGUGGUGGUGGGUAUUUUUCUUCUCUGAACCCAUCACAACCUUUGGCUCAGUCUCUGAGAGUUGAUGGUGAUGUUGUGGGUUCUUCUAAUUCAACUCUUCUAUCUAGCUUUAAUGCUACUUUUCUUGAUUCACAACAUCAUCACCCUAGCCAAGUUCCUUCAUCGAGAUUCUAUCAAAUGGGAUACACAGAUAGGGUAAAAUUAUCUAUGUAUCCUGCAGAACAAGUCUUAAUUCGAUCAAGCAUGAGUCCUAACAGUGCUGCUUCUUCUCAACCUAAUCAUUGGCCACAAAGUUUCAUCAAUAAUGUUAACCACAGGGCUUCUGAUACCUCUUUGUGGAGUACUAUUAGCACCGCUUCCAUCAGUGGUAACUCUGAUCAGAACAAUAUCAGAGGUUCUUCUUCUUUGAUCCCAAAUCAUUGGCCUGAUUUGUCUCGGUAUGGCCCUCCUAAAUAA